UCGCUCAACUUCAGACCUAGGCCCGACCAUUUCCGUUGAGCGACUUGUGCGUACCCACGAUUCGGUCACUUGUCCAAUCGAGGAAAGGCAGCAGCUUGUACGGAGCCAAGCUGCAUAGCUCUGAUCCCAGCAGAUUGCGCGCAUCGGAGGCUCGAGGGCACUCCGAAUGAUCUUGGACAUCCCGUGACUGUCCACGUAUAGCCGCGAUGCCCAGUCGAGCCUCCCACUCGUGGAAAGAUCUGGAUGCCCCAAGGUAUGACGGAUGAUUGGCAUGACCGAGGCUACCACCGCCUAUCGAUCAGACUGCCACUGACGAAGGACGAUGUUCCCUGGCGCAUGCCGCGCUCUUGCCAACGAUGUGUACCCACGCAGCGUGCCGUGGCCGGCAUAUGUUGCAGGAUCGAGGGUCAGAUGAUUGGUGCGCUGGCAAAAGGUGUGGGUCGACGCCGGCGGGUGAGGUCUUUGUGCGACUGGCUCAUCGUGUUCCGACAAGCGAUGCUUCCCACCGCGAAAGUCUCGCAUUCACGUGAGGACCCUGACUGUCAUGGGUAUAUAGGCCCCGCAUCCUACCCACCUUUGAGAAGAUACAAACCACGACAAGAUCAGACACAACUACAACACCACCUACACACCUCACCAAUCUACCAAAUCACAACAAUCAAUAUGGGUGGCUGCGGAAACUCCUCUUGCUCUUGCGGUGCCGACUGCAAGUGCGCAGCAGGCUCUUGCUCUUGCUAGAUUAUCCGCCAUCAUGACAAGAUGAACGACACUGCAUCACCUCGGCGUUCCGGUCGAUACCGUUCUAUCACUACUCGACGAUGAACGACAACCACGAUAUCAACGGCUAUGAUCGAUCAAGUCUGAAAAGGCCUCGCGUUUCGGUUGGAUGUUUGGAUUAUUCAUUAUCGGAGGGAAUGAGAAUGGGAAGAUGCAGAUGUUGGCAAUAUAUGGCUUUAUGAUACAAGAUUGAUACCCAAUUGAACAUACACGAUCACUUCAUCAAUCAUGAAUUCUUUCAUUGCACGUUUUCGUACACACAACAUAUUGCUGUCGUAUUACUCUACCA